AUGCGCAGCUGGGGUGACUUUGAGGCCGGUGGCCGAGGCUGCGGGAGCAGAAUGCUGAACAGGCUCGUGGGGUCCCGCUACGCCCAGCUGCUGCGGACCUGGACCCCCACAUUGACCACAUGGGGCACCAUAGGCGCUGUGGGAUUGGUGUGGGCGACAGACUGGAGACUGAUCCUUGACUAUGUUCCCUACAUUAAUGGCAAGUUUAAGAAAGAUGAUUAAACUGCUGCUCUUCCCUCUAAUGGAAGUGUUUAUGGCCUGGACUGGGCGUAUUGGAUCCAUUCUUCCUCUCAAAGACCCUAGUCUGAUGUGAAUUUGAAAUGCUCAUUGUGGACUUCAGGAGAGGCUCUGACGUUACUU